AAUCAAACUAAUAGGGAAAUGGCAGCAAGCUGCGUUCUUUUUGCUCAUAAUUACAUACACUUGGAUUUGCUACUCACGUUAGUACGCAGAAGAUUAUAGAUUUUUGGUAAACAGUAGAUGUUCCCUAAGCUAUCCCACCGUGUCGGACUUUGAGAAGAGCAGGAAAAGGGGGGCUAAUAAUGUGACUGGGAGGAACAAAGAGGUCUACCCUUCCACCCCAGUUUUGAAGCGGGAGCAGAAAAUAAAGCCCGGUAACGGUGGUGCAUUAUUAACUAAAGAUUACUAUUGUCUUUUAAAUCUAAGAUACUGGUGAUGCAAUUGCAGAACAUUUUUUUUCUUUCUGCCUCAUUGCUGUGUUUUCGGAAGUAGUGAUAACACCUACUACAAGUCAAACAUUCUGUUUGGAUCCGGCUUACGUCCCUCUAAUUCUAAAUCUACAAUCGCUAGUGUGCAUGUAAAUUGCUGGGCCGUUUAUUGUCAAGCUAAUAUCUUUGCUUCCUUUUACCUAAACCAAGAGGAUAUCGGCAGCAUCGAGGAGAAAGGAAGGGGAAAUCUGAGAAGGCCUUCAUGCACAGAAACCUGCUUGCUUUGAUAUCCCAGAGAAUUGACAGAAAAUGCAAAACAGUGAAGUAAUAAAGCCUGCCAAGUAUUUCUCUGAAGUGGAGAAAAGUGUGCUGCUGGCAUUGGUUGAAAAAUAUAAGUAUGUACUUGAAUGUAAAAAGAGUGAUGCAAGGACUAUUGCACUGAAACAACGGACUUGGCAGGCCCUAGCUCAUGAAUAUAAUUCCCAACCAAAUGUAUCACUCCGAGAUUUCAAGCAGUUGAAGAAAUGCUGGGAGAACAUCAAAGCUAGGACAAAGAAAAUAAUGGCACAUGAAAGACGAGAUAAGGUAAAAAGAUGUAUUAGUCCACUUAUAAGUAAUCACAUCCUAGGAAAAGAGAAGAUCACCAACAUGAUACCAGAGCAAGUGUAUUUUUUACAGACUCCACCAGAAGAAGAUUCUGAAUAUCAGCCUGAAACUUCCAAUCAAGAAUCUUUCACUAUUAUUAACAAAGAAUCAUGUGAUGAAGAGAAAGGACUUGUACAUUUCCAGGUAUGUGAAGGCACCUCGCAGUCUGAGCCUUCCUGUUCAGCAGUCAGAGUAACUGGAAAUAAAAACUUCAGAAAUAAAGCUGCUCAAGAAAGUGAUUUGAAAAAGAUGCAUGAAGAGGAACACCAUCAGCAAAUGUCUAUUUUACAACUGCAACUGAUCCAAAUGAAUGAAGUCCAUGUAGCAAAAAUUCAACAGAUAGAAAGGGAAUGUGAAAUGGCUGAAGAAGAACACAGAAUCAAGAUGGAAGUGUUAAACAAAAAAAAAAUGUACUGGGAAAGGAAACUUCAGACUGUUACAAAAGAAUGGCCUGUAUCAUCUUUUAACAGGCCAUUCCCUAGUUCACCCUAGUACAUGCAACAGCUGGUGGUUCAUUAGACUGAAGUAACUUGAUCAUUGGAAAAUAGUUUGAGACUUAGGUUCAAUUCCUGUAUUUAGAAUGAUGGAAUAAUUGUUGGCUGUGAAUAAAUGUCAAGAAAGGCCUAAAAUAGGGAUUAGAUAGGUUUUGGUUUAAUAAAACAAUGAAGAAAUUUCCAUAUUUUUGGAGGUAAAAUGUUGAUGUAACUUGUUAAUGGAAUUUCUGAGUAUGCCCAGUAAAUCAGUCUUUUCCAUGGUAGUCAGAUCAAUCCAAUUGGGCGUUUUAUGUUAUUUUUGUAGCUGAAUUUUUCAAUUAUUUAAUGAUGAAUGUAUCUUGAGGUACAGUUAUUAAGACUUGUAGAGUGACCCAAUUGAACUAUCAAGCCAGGUAAAAAGGGUGGUAAUAGAGCUGUACAAGAAAAGGAUUUCAGAUUUCCAACAACUGUCUGUUCAAUCAUAGUUAUAAUUGUGAAAUACUAGAAAUGUAUGUUCCCCCCUUUCUGCUUUCACUUCUAUCUUGACAAAUCAUCUAGUCUAUUGCCCUUGAUUUGCACUGCAUGGCACAAUCAGUCCACUAGCUGAUAAAAUUCAUACUGGCAUCUGUCCUGCAGUAAAAAGAAAUAACCCAUUUCUAUUUGCAGCCUAGUCCUAUGAAUGUUUUAUCCAAGUAAAUGCAUACAGAGUUCAUAGUUUAUUAAUUUUGUACAAGCACUGCUUGGAAAUGUUUGUGGCAUCCUGCUACUAUGUACACCCAAACUACUGGAUACAUGUUUACAGGCACACAAUGUUUGAAGUAGCCCUUGUGGAGCUUUUACUUUUGAACAGAUUAAUAAAAGUUGAAAGAAACAAUACAAUAUGAAAUACAAAGAAAACUUUUCUAGCUUUAAAAUAGCUAGUAGCCUGAAAUGUCCACAGUUCAUAUGUAGCGUUAUUAAAUCAGAUUAAUCAGCAGAGAUAGUGGGGACUAGCAUUUUUUCAGAGUAGGAAUUCUGUUGUGUUCAUUGGAUUUCCUUCUGGAGAUUUCUAGAAACAUUUUUUUCACUCCAUUCAUUUCUGCUGGUCACUGGCUUGAAGCUUAUUAAAAACAUUACCAAAUCUUUUUAAUAUCUGAAUAGUAGGAUAAAGCUAUUAUUCAUAGAAAGCUACCAAUAAAGCAAAAGUGAGGCACAGGUCAUUUUUGAAGGAACAACCUUGUGGCUAUACAACCACCUUAACAUACUUUUAAUUACUUAGUCUAUUACUUUUGGGUAUUUCUAAAUUAACAAAAGGACACUGCUUUCCUAUCCAGGUUUAUAGGUGGGGUUGUAAUGAAUGCUGUAAACAACCUGAAUCCAGAAUUUAAACAUUUGCUUGUUGACCAGCUUGUGUGUUGAAUUUAGUUAAAGCAGUGGAGCCUUAUCCUUUGUAGAACAGAAUGUUCAAAAUCAAAACAUUUAAACAUUUCUUUGUAUUAUUUGGUUUUGACUUAGACUAAGAGGCAAAAACAUUAGAAUUUUUAAAGCAACUAAUUACAUUUUGAAUACAAAUCUAUUAUAAAAAAAAUCAGUGCAAACUAUAGUUCAAAUUUUGCAUUAAGUAAAUUAUUUUUGUUACUGGAAAUACUGUAUAUUUCCAUAGCAUACAUUAUUUUAUUAUUUUUAUUUUAAUUAUUUUUGUUACUGGAAAUAUUGUAUAUUUCCAUAGCAUACAUUUAUUUUAUUUUUUUCUAAUGAUUGGACAUUAUGCUACUGACAUAAUGGAUAAAAGAUUUCACUUCAUUCAAAACAUACAUUGAAGUCAUAUUUACAGCUUUAAUGACUAUUGGAUUAUGUUUUAGAUAUCACAUUUGUUACUUUUCUUGAAUACAUAACAUACAAAGACCCAGUUAAUACUUCUGGUAUUAUAAGGAAGAAAAAAUUAUUUUUUUAUAUAUUCUAAGCUUACAUUUAUUGUAGGUAAAAAAAAAAAAACCCUACAGGUAAUUCCCGAGUUGUGAACGUUCCCUUAGCGAACAUUCAAGAUUAUGCGAUAAGCACCCCCUAGUGCUUAUGAGCAAUUCCAGAAAUUAUGAAUGUUGCCACACAAUGGCAGUCGUUCACCCUUAUAAACGACUGCAGUGGCACUGCAACAUUCACCUUGGUUAUUCUCUCCCCCCCCCCCCAGCCCCGGGUCUCCCUAGGCACUAGGCCUUCAGUACUCACCCUGUGAAGAAUAAGAUCCUUCACUUUCUUGGCUGCUCCAGGCCCUUGUUGCAUUCGCAGAGAAUGGAGACCUAAAGUAAUGCAAGAUCACGUAAAAUUAGUGGUGCAAGAUCUCAUGCUACUGAUCUCAUGGUACUUUAGGCCUCUGUUCUUUGCAACAAAGAAUGGAACUGAAGUCAGGACGCUUCCAUAUACCUCCAGAGGCUGGAUCUGGGUGUUGAGGCCUUUUCCAGGCUGCUGCUGCCUGAAUCUGAGGCUGGGGGACACUUUUGUGGCACUCCAAGGCUGGAUCUGGGCGUCAGAGGCCUUUUCUAGGCCACUGCCACCAAGAUCUGAGGCUGGGGGAUGUUUCUGCGUGACUCCAGAGGCUGGAUCUGGGUGUCGGAGGCCUUUUUCAGCCUGCUGCCACCUGGAAAUGGGCCUCCAGAGGCAUGUGGAAACAUCCCCCGGCCUUUCUUCUGGGCAGCAGCAGCCUGGAUAAGGCCUCCAAUGCCCGAAUCUAGCCUCCAGAAGGUAGCGGAAGCAUCCCCCGGCCUCAGAAUCCAGGCAGCAGUGGCCUGGAAAAGGCCUCCGACACCCAGAUCCGGCUUCUGGAGGGCAGCGGAAGCAUCCCCCAGCCUCAAAUCCGGGCGGCAGCAGGAACCGUGGCAGAGAGGAGAAGGUUCUUUUCAAGAUGAGUCCAGCACGGCAAGAAGGGCAGGGGAAGCAUGAGGUAUCUUAGUGGGUUGGGGAAGCCUUGGGGGCCUGUUCCAUCACUGGGCCCUCCAUGAUCUUCCCCACCUUGAGAUACCACAUGCGAUUAAUGAACAGCGCAUUCGCCUAUGCAUUCGAUUAGGGAAUGCGUGGGCGAAAGGGAGUGAAUCACAUUUAAGGUAUGAACGGUAGUAUCCAUUACAUCUAUAACUCGAGGACUGUGUACAUAAAAGUUAAUGAAAUCAUAAUUUUACAUAACAAAUGACUGUCAUUUUAUUAUUUUUAUAUUUCCAAAUAACUGUGAUUUUUCCAAUCAGUUCAGUAGUAUUUCUCAGUGGCCUAAUUUGAUAAAAACAUUAAUCAUGUCUUUGAAUUUUAGUUUGUUCCAAACUUGUGUUUGUUUAUUUGUAAUAGUUGAAUAUUGAGAAAAAGUCUUUCCAAACUAUCUAUAGACUGUUCUAUGGAAUUAUGAUCUUUUCUUUUUUUAAUUUACUAUUUUUAAAUAAACCAAGCUAAAUAAAAA